GGGGCUACUAUUUGUCGCACAUCUUGGAUUGUUGAUGCGGUUCAUGAAAGCUAUUUAAUCCAAAAAUUCACAUUUAAAAAUAAAUGUAUGUUCGUCAUUUUUUUAAAUAGGUGAUAUAUUGAGACUGUGUGCGUCGAGAUGGGUUUGUUGACAAUUUUGAAGAAGAUGAAACAAAAGGAGCGCGAAAUGAGGCUGCUUAUGUUAGGGCUGGACAACGCGGGGAAGACGACCAUCCUGAAGAAGUUCAACGGAGAAGAUGUCAGCACCAUCUCCCCCACACUGGGCUUCAACAUCCAGACUCUGGAGCAUAGAGGGUUUAAGUUAAACAUUUGGGACGUGGGCGGUCAGAAGUCGCUGCGCUCCUACUGGAGGAACUACUUCGAGAGCACAGACGGGCUGGUGUGGGUGGUGGACAGCGCUGACCGACUCCGGCUGGAGGACUGCCGGCAGGAGCUGAGCGCGCUGCUGCUGGAGGAGAGAUUAGCCGGUGCGACUCUGCUGGUGUUCGCCAACAAACAGGACCUGCCGGGAGCGCUGCCCAAAGAAGCGCUCAGAGAGGCGUUGGCUCUGGACGACAUCAGGAGUCACCACUGGUGCAUCGUGGGCUGCAGCGCAGUGACCGGAGAGAACCUGCUGGCCGGAGUGGACUGGCUGGUGGACGACAUCGCUGCUCGGGUCUUCACGGCCGACUGAAG